AUGGUCGCUUUGAGUCAGACCUUUAGGAACCGGGUGGAUCUGCAGGACAGACAGAUGAAGGAUGGAGACGUGUCUCUGACUCUGAAGGAUGUGACCAUAAAGGAUACAGGAACAUAUCAGUGUAGAGUCAAACUGGACCUGAGUCUCAACUACCUGGAGCGGUCAGCUGUCCAGCAGCUGUUGGAUCUGCAGCAGAGUCCACACAACAAACUGCAGACUCUGAGAUGGGAGUCAUGGUGA